AUGGCUUCCCUCGCAAAGUACGGCUAUCUCAAAGCGUCGGCUUCCAUCAUCAGACUUGGUUUUCGAUAUUCAGGCUCUACACCCCAGCCAAAACCCGAUGAAGUGCUCGAAAUUCCCUCGCGAGAUGAAAACAGGUCCAUCAAGACGCAUGUCUACAACCCCGCGAAGAACUCCACCAGUAGAUCUACUCCCGUAGUCGUCAACUUCCACGGCAGCGGCUGGAUCCUGCCAGCUCAUGGAGAAAAUGAUCAUUACUGCCGAACGAUUACUCAGAAUACAGACUAUAAAGUGCUAGAUGUUUCCUACCGUUUGGCUCCCGAAACGCCCUUCCCAGGCGCACAAAACGACUGCGAAGAUGUUCUGAACUACAUUCUCGCCAACCCAGAUCUCUACGACAGCAAUCGGAUAGUUCUCUCAGGUUUCAGCGCGGGGGGACAUACAGCUCUGGUUCUUGCAUCGAGUGUAUUUCCCGCCAAGACCUUCUCCAAGAUCAUCCUGUUCUAUCCCCCAAUCGAUCUCACUAUCGUGCCUUCAUCUCGCCCUAGUCCGGAUCCUGAUAUGGGUCCUCUGGUUCCCCCGAAGCUUCUCGAUCUCUUGCAAGCUUGCUACUUGCAAGAUGCGAGUCUUGAUAAGAAGGAUCAUAGAAUCUCGCCUGCUUUCGCACCGCUGGAUGGGUUGCCAAAUGAGAUUGCAAUUUUUACUGCUGGGGCAGAUAGUCUUAUGCCGGAAGUCGAAGUGUUUGUGGAGAGGUUGCGAACAGAGAGUGAUUUGAGUCUCACCUACCGCAGGUUUGAGAAGUGUAGCCAUGCAUUUGAUGUCUCUCCAAAGUCUGGUUCGGUGGCAGAGAAGGCUCAGAAGGAAGCAUACUCCAUCGUUGUGACGAUGCUCCAAAGAUAG